CGGGUUUGUAUUCGUUUGUGUUGAAUUUACUUGACCUGACAGAGAGGAAAACAGCGCUGUGCGAAAGCUUACUUUAUCACCACAACAACAACCUUCGUCAUCUUGGAUUCGCUUACAGUUCAAUUAAAUUGCUUAAGGACAAGAUCACUGAUCAUAUGUACCAGGUAACUGGUACGCUGAAGUUCAUUAGAUGUUUUUAAUUUUGAAAGCGAUGUGUAGAGAAAUCUGACGAAAAAAAAGUUGAAAGAUAAACAGGUGCAGGUUAUGCUUAAUAACUGACUGCAAAAUCUCGGCGCAUCGCUUUAAUAAUAUCAAAAGAAAAAUAUGGUUGAUGUGUUUUCUGGUCGGACGCUUCUCAAUAAAGAUGGGGAUCCCGUGGACGCUGAAGAAGCUCUAAGAAAUAAAGUCGUCGGCCUGUAUUUCUCUGCUGGCUGGUGCCCUCCUUGCAGAGAUUUCACGCCGAUUCUAUGUGACUUCUACACUGAGAUUGUUGAGGAAAACGACCCACCUGCCCAGUUCGAAAUAGUUUUUAUCUCUUCAGACAAGACGACAGAGGAUAUGGUGGAGUACAUGCAUGAAAUGCACGGGGACUGGUUGGCGCUGCCAUGGAGUGAUCAGUAUAGGCAUGAAUUAAAAAAGAAGUACAACAUCACAGCCAUACCAAAGCUGGUAAUUGUGAAAGAAAACGGAGAAGUCAUUACUGAUAAAGGCCGAAAACAAAUCCGGGAUCAAGGGUUGGCCUGCUUCAAAAACUGGCUGGAAGUGGCAGAAAUUUUCCAGAAUUUUUCAGGUUAAACAUAAGUUAUGGUAUGAGUUAACUGUUUUAACAUACUGAGAAUGUACAUUUGUACAUUUUUUUAAAUAGAAACCUAUGCAAAUAUAUAAAACAUUUAGACCUAUUUAGAUUAUUAUGUAAUUCAUUUUUAGAUAUGUGUGCAAAGAGAUAGUCCAAAGAGUUUUGUAGCUUGCAGAGGAAUGUAUUUAUGUGUUCAAUUUAUAUACGUUAAACAUAGACAAAACUUUAUCCCAUUUGGGCUUUGGCAAUGAUUGUGAAAAAAGGCAAUUUCUAUUAAAUUAGCUUAUUUCAAUGUUAUAUUGAUUUCCUUAGUUUAUCAAACAUCCAACAGUCUUAAUGGAAUUCAGUGGAUGGAAAAUAUACUUUUUGUUCUCAUCAGAAAAUAUAACAUUUAAAGUCUGUCAUCUAAGCUAAAAUGCUCUUACCAGUCCAGUGCCAGAUGCCAGAUGUUGUUACUGACAUGUUCUUAACAUCGCCCAUAGCAAGGAAUGAGUAAUUAAUGUAUAGGCUAGUUGUAAGAAAGCUAUUGGCAUCUGGCUAUCUAUUGGAAUUAAAUGUAUUAACGCAAUGCACUAGCAUGGCAUACAUAUUGUUACAGGUACACUUAACAUUAAUAUAGCAAUAGAAUGCUUCCCUUUUUUGUAUUUAGUUAUAUGUAAGAUGAAAUAAAUGUAUGAGCACCUGUACAUUUCUUGGUACUGCCUUCCUAAUAUUUGUAGCCACCAAAUGUGAAAAACAAA